AUGGAGGAAAUUGGUGAAACAACGUUGCUAAAAGUACAGGAGAUAACGUACAGGAUCAGUCUAGGAAUGCUACAGGAGAUGUUUCGUCUCAGUCGUCGGGUCGUGGGAAUUAUUCUCACCUGUCGGACAGACCCGAACCCCGGAGGAACAGAGUAGUGUUGUUCAACAAAGUCACGAGAAGAGCCUAGAGAAGUUUAUAUCCCGAUGCCAGGUACAUAUUUUAUGAAUAAUACUGUUGGCCAUAUAUCACGUUGAGCUGAACAUUUUUGCACCAAUGGGAAACUAGCUAACGUUAAAUCUCUCUGAACGUGUCGUCAGUUUUCACAGAUUUGCCCACACGUUCCACCCGUUCAAUAAGAAGAACCCACAGGUGACAGAGAAAAUCCAUAAGCAGUUCAUUAAAGACCUACAAAGGACUAUACAG